GGGAGGGGCAAGGACAUGGUCUCACUCUCUGUUCCCAGUCGAGUCCAGCUCUCGGUCGCGAUCACAAGCGUCCGUGUCCGCAAGUCCUUCUUACCGCCUCCUCGGUCUCCGUGUAUGUCUAUGUGUCCUCCGAGUCAUGGAUAAACUACUUCUCCUCACUCUGACCGUCUGGGUCGUCACCGCCCAAGCCAAAGUACAAUACAAAGUGAGAUGUUUAGAGGAUGCAAUGCUCGUGGAGAUCCGAAAACCCGAUGAGAUGACAGAUAUAUAUUGGGAUCAGCUCAAACACUACCCAGAUCCAGCUUGCCAGCCGCACAUUGAUGGCAACCAAGUCACUCUCAUGCUAUCACUCAACAAUGUGUUCCAGUGUGGUGUCACCAGGGUUCUCAACAAACUGACGGGUGUAGAGACAUUCUAUCACAGUGUAGUGAUCGAGACCAGGCAAGAUGGGAAAAUGAUGGUCCCAGUCAAGUGUGUGGUGGCUCCAACAAACCAAACCCAUACUGUACACAGGAGAAAUGUCCUGCCUGCAGGGUUUCAGGAGCCCGAACACAUAGACAUCACGACAUCCGUGGUGGAGCAGGCGCCACAGCCCCAGCUCAAGGUGGGGGUCAGACAGGGAGGGCAACUGGUCUCCGGGGAGCUCAAUGUUAACCCCGGUACCCCCCUCCAGAUGGAGAUAUACCUGGACAAGGAGAGUGCGCCUAUCUACGGACUACUAGUCUCGUAUAUGCAGGUCACCGAUACCAAACAACAGGAGGAAACCAUCAUAUUCAAUGGAUGCUCAAUGGACCCUUAUCUCUUUGAAAACUUCAACUCAGUAGAUGGUGACUUCCUCACAGCCAAGUUCCGGGCUUUCAAGUUCCCAGAAUCAACAUAUGUUCAGUUCAAGGGCACAGUCAACGUGUGCUUGGAUAAGUGCCGAGGAGUUGAGUGCAGCAACGGCCAGAUUGGUUACGGACGCAGACGCAGAGAAGUGAGAGAUAUGCCUCCUGAUCCCAACAAAGUGUUUGAGAUCACAAUAUCAUCAUUCUACAAAGUCAACUACAAGGAGGAAAGCUUAUUAGAUAAAGUGCACAUUGGUCCUGGAUCACCCAAAGAGAAGAGUGGAAGCAAGCCGAUGAUGUCAACCAACAAUGUGGAUGAUAACAGUCAACAACAUCUUCAACUAGACACUGAAGAAAUUCACGAUGACCUUCACUACACUAUCAUUCAGAACUCGGCAGAAGAUAUUCACAAAGCCUCCGCUCUACUACUAGCAUCAGCGUUCACCCUCUAUGUAUUGUUACGACCAUAAGAUAAUCAAGAACAUCUUAACUUGUGACUUGUCGCUAAAAUCAUUAAAAGCAUUGUGAUGUUUAUUUAUAUUUUACCAAUUUAAGAGUAAUUGUAUUUUGUAGAGUGCUAAAAUUUACAAGUCAAAAAUAUGAAAAUGUGUAAACUAUCACCUCACAUAUAAGAGAUGUUGGAGAACAAGUUAAAAGGGUGUAAAAAAAAUUUCAAAGACCCUAAACUAGACAAAACAGUUUUCAUCUUACAGUACAGGCAAACCUUGGAUGAACAAAGGCACAAUCCAAACGUCUCAAUGACCCUAAACGUGCAAUUGAAGGGAUUUAAGGACAAUAAACUUGCAUACAACUUUGUUGUCCAGAUCCAUAUCCCGAAAUCAAGUAUCUAUUGAUUGUCAACAGCAAUAAUAAUUUAUUUUCACCUGUUUCUGGGCCUUUUUGAUAGUUUAAAUACUUUAAACAAAUAUUCAUAGUAUUUAGGGGAGGUUUGUCUGUCCAUUAUAAAAAUACAGUAAUGGUUAAAAGGGGCACAAUUUACUAUUUUAACACAUUGUGAUAGAAAUUGUAUUCAUGUAAUGUGCAUUUAUAUAGUAACUAAGACUCCUUUACAUGUAAUUGUCAGUAAUUUCAAUUAAAUAACUCAGUUGAGUUUUAAACUUUUGUGAUUUCUUGAAUAUUACAAAUAGUUAGAGACCCUAAAUGCAAUAGCUUUAAAAAUUAACAACCCAAUUUAGAAUUUCAAAACGAUUAUGACCACGGUAAAUUAUCAGUUUAUUUUGUAAAUGAUCACAUUUUAUCACAUUAAUAAUUGCUAAGUAGAAGGUUUUCAGCAAAAAUGUAAGAUUAUAAUUUUAUAAGAUUAUAAUUUUUAGUAGUAACUUCGUACUCAUUGUGCUUUACAUUGUAAGUUAACUUAAGAUUAACCACUUUAGAGUAGGGUAGUUUAACCCUCCAUGAUGUAACUCCUAAUUGUAAUUAUUAUAAAUUAAUAUAAUGACCUAACUUGUCUAUCAGCAUAAAUGUUUAUUAACUACCACAUACAAGUAAAUAUUAGUUAGUUUCAUUUGCUUCAGACAAUGAAUUCAAAGCUAAAUUUAAUGCAAAUAAGUUUCAGUGGUUACUGGAGUAUAUUAACAUUUAGGUCAAUAUGUUCUACCACAUGUAUAUCUUAUAAUUGGGUUUUGCAAGUGGAGGGCCUUUGGUGCUGGAAUGGCCCAGUAUCCACUUUUAGACUGAUGGCAAACGGUGUUAAGUUUGCAAUGCAAUUUUUAUCCUUAAAUUAUAUAAUGUAAGUAUUUAAUUCAUAAAUUAUUUGUUGUGUCUUUUACGCUCAAGAAUGUUAAGAAUUUAUUCGCAACAUCACACUAUGAAUGUGGUGUUUUAGACAUGUUACCAAGCGUAAGUUGGACUGUGGAACCCCUCUUUUUAGUUACAGUGCAGUGCAUUUGUAAAGGUGUUGGGAUGACUAGUGCUCAAUUCAACACUAUAUUAUAUUUGAGUUAAUGAUAUUUUGUUAUCUACUUUGAUUGAAAAAACAUUUGUGGCAUUUGUUAUCCUUUGAAGAAGCAUAACAUCCCUCAAAUAAAGAGUGCUUAAGAUAUUUCCUCUGAUUUUUAUUAAUAGACCAUAAAGUUUGAACCCAUUAACAAUCUCUUAACGUUUUGAUAAUAUUUUAACCAAUGCUUGGACGAAGAUUAAUCCAUCAAUAGCCAUCUUAUAAAAUGAUGUACUGUAUGUUAUAUUUUGUACUAAGUGUGAAUGAUUCACUAAUCGAGUAAGCAAAAUAGUUUUUAUAAACUGUAAAGACAUAUACAAGAUACAGCGUACUAACAGAAAUUUCCAACUAACAAAUAACUGCAUUCCUGUUUCUUUUAGACCACCGGCCAUAUGCAAUGCAAUCGUUGCUAUCAUGACAUAAGGCUUACUCUGUAAUUGAAACUUUUAAAAGGAAUUUUAAUGUUUAUAAAUUGUAACUAAGGCGCCCCUUAGGAUAGUCCCAUAUUGUUAAUUGACCCUUGUAUUAGUUUAAAGCCAAAUUUGAUCCAGCUAUGGGAGUUGUAUAAUCAACAUAAAUAUUUUUGUUCAUACUUGUAUUAUACUUUUUAAGUUUUCUCAUUUGACUCUUACAACAGUAUUUAGGGAUUUCAAAAUUGUGAUAGUUUUUUUUUUAUGAAAACCAAACUAUUAAUUAAUUGUCUGUAAUAAUGACUUCCUAUGUAAAUUGAAUUUUGAAGGAUAUUUCUAACAAAAUAAAAAUAUUAAUUGUU